UAGAUACAUCUGAACCAGUGGUGGAAGCAGCUCCUCCAUCACAUCCAGAGUCUGCUGCCUCCACAGAAACAACGGCACCAAGUCUUGAUGAUCCCUUUGUCUCUGUUUCAAUUCCUGAAUGUUUAGACUCUAAUCAGGCCGGACCUGAUCACACUACAGUGUUAUGUACUCUUGGGACAUGUAUGUCCACCAUGUCCUCACCUCUUGCUACCUCUGCUGCUGCAUGUCCAGUUUUAUCUCCACCCCUUGAUACAGUGUUAAAUGCCCUUAACUCGCCACAAACGCCUCCCAUCAUGGAAUCUUCCACAGUACCCUCGGACUCUCCAACCAUGAAAUCUCAUCUGUUACUUCCUGACCCAGAGUGUUCUUCUUUUGGCUUUGAGCCUUUGUCACCUGCAAGUUCUCCAGAACCUUUACCCGCCCUUCCUGCCUCGUUGGCUUUUGAACUGGACUCGACUUCUUCUGAGCUUAAUCAGAAACCAGAACCUCCUAAUGGGUCACCGCAGAGGGAUGGCUCUACUACGUCUGUGUUUAAAUGGCACACGGUGUUACCUCUGCCCGGGCCACCGUACAUAGACGCCUCAUUCACAACAUUUCAACCAAUGUCACAGACGCUUCCCUUAGCAUCUGUCAUGUCGCCCUUGUUGCCUUCCCCAAGUCCAUCCACCCAUGAACCCCAAACGUCCAUGACUCCUGAUCCUGAUUCUGCUCCGUCAUUUCAAGACAACCAGCAGUCACUGCCAUUUCCUGCAGAACUGUCCCCCCUGGUCCUCCAGCUGUCUCUGUCUCCAACCUUCUCCUCAUUAGAUGGAGACCCGCUGUCACCCACGCCUUCACUCACUGAACUUGUGCACUUUUUCUCCACCAAUGACGACCUCGGUAUGGAGGUCGCGUUUUCAAAUUCGGAGGCUGUGGUGAUUCCACCUCCUGCGACACCAGAGGCAGAUGUACCCGAACCAGUCCCAGCCAGGAAACCCGACAAAUGCAGGAACAAGUCCAAGAGGCGGAAACCUACUGUCGACAUGGAUGAAAAGGUCGAUGACUCUGCCUACGUUAGCAUGCAGCCCAACCUGGAGGAAGUGGAGGAGCAGCUGUUCAUCUCUUUUACAUCAAAGGAGGCACUCAAACUUCACGUUCCUGACUCUGUGGAGGAACCGCGCACUCAGGCGACACCUGAUGUUCCUCUGCUGCCACCUGCUGACACACCUGACCACGAGACUCUGCAGAAGAGAAGCAGCGGUGAGAAGCUUCUGCUCAGAGACCUGCAGCUGAUGAAGCACAGACAGGUCAUUCACCCUGUGCUGCAGGAAGUGGGUUUGAAGAUGAACCUGCUGGAUCCGACUCUGGCAAUCGACCUGCAGUACCUGGGCGUCCGUCUGCCUCUGCCCCCUCCUGGACACUAUGUGGCGCUGCAGCACCGGGAGCCGCCUCCACCUCAGGGUGUUUCUGCAGCGUUUGUGUCCAGAACAGGAAAAACCACAGAUGUGACCCAGAUUAAAGGCUGGAGAGAAAAGUUCACUCCCUCAGAGGCUCCGCCCACUCACUCCUCAGCCAAACCUGAAGCUGGUCCCAGCUCAGAUCAGCCUAAGAAGAACCUGUCUGCGUUCUGCAGCGACAUGCUGGACGAGUAUCUGGAGAACGAGGGGAAGUUGAUCGACGAGCGAGCCGCCAGCUUCUCUCAGCCGCAGGCGGAGCCCGCGGUCCCUGUGGUCUACGAGCUUCCUGCUCAGAGCAGCAGCUACGUCCGAACCCUGGACAACGUCCUGAAGAAGCAUGGCGUGAGCUCGCCCACCUCGGACCUCAUAUCUGGAUUCAUCCCCCCUUCUAAAAGACCCAAACUGUCCCUCAAAGAGAGGAAGACCCAGCAGAAACGGAGAGGUCCUAAACAGACCAGACUCCGACCAGAACCUACUUCUGCUCCAGGGUCAUCACUCGAACCAAGUCCUGCUGAGCUGAACCAGCUCCCUAAACUGCCUGCGGGACCACUACCCCCAUCAGACCACCUGACACCUGUCACUGAACCAAACAGGUCCCAGAAAAGUCGGCUGAAAGUCCAGUCCAACCACACAGAACCAUCAAGUGAGUCUCCUGAGAGCAACACUUUAAAGAAGAAGAGAAAGAGGAGGAGGAGACUCAAACCCAACACCUCGUCCCAGACCCUCAGCCCCCUCAGGGCCGCGGUCUCCCAGGACUUGGCUCCUCUGGAGUCCGACUCUGAGCUGGGCCGCGAUGAAGGCAAGGCCGGCCCACCUUUAAUGACCCGGGCUCUGCUCAGACAGAAGGACCUGGAGGAUGGAGUGGUGUGGGAGGGGCAACACAGGACCACCAUCACCAAGGAGCGGGCCGCCAUCGCCCUGACCUCACUCUUCACACUGAUGGGUUUUGUCGACGAGAAUCCCACCGCCCCCAUCCAGCUGGUCCGCCGCCGAGCCCCACCCUGCCUGAACGACUUCUGCCGGCUGGGUUGCAUCUGCUCCAGCCUCGCCUACUCCUCCAGGGUCGGCCACUGUGGGCGGAGCCUCUGCAUGUUCGGCUGCAGCUGCCUCAAACAGAAGGUGGUGCUGUUGAAGAACCUGGAGGCCUCGGACUCUAGCCCCUCCCACCCGAGCCACGGCAAGAAGAGGAAGAGGAAGAGGAGGAUGAAGAUGGCUUAUGUUCUGAAGGAGGCGGACAGCGUUUCCCAGCCUGCCGAGCGUGUCCGUGUCCUGUGGAAGAAUGACGGUGCAGACUCAGAUCCAGACCCGGUCUACGUCCCGGGACCAAUGAGUCCGACCCGUCUCACUAUUCAGCAGAACAGAGAAGAUAAGAGCAGCUGUGCUCGGGUCAGAGGUUACAGGGGGAAGAGGCGGAGUCAGAAAACACAGGACAAAAAUAAAAGUGGAAAAUCUAAAUCGGUGAAAUCUGUGAAACAGCAGCCUCAGACGCUGAAGGAAGCUCCUCCCCCUGCUCCUCCUCCUGCAGCGGCUGAGACGACAGAGUCCAACCCAAAGCCGUCCAAGCGUCUGAUCCUGUUGUCGGAGUGUAAGUGGGCGAGCGACGCUGACCGGAACCACGUGCUGAAGAGACUGUGUGAGAUGAUGGCUCAGGACCGACUGGACCUGCCCUUCUGGGUCAGGGAGUACCUCAUCAGUCCCAUCAGUCAGAACGUGGAGGACAACGACGGCAGCCGCUGCGUCCAGUACAAAGUCCACAUCGGCAGACCCAGACCGGAUCAGGAGGACCCAAAAGAACCUCCACAACAAGACCAGAAGACUGAACCCCCACCAGAACAGGACCUCCUCACACAGGUGAGUGGGGAGGCGGAGCCUCUGCAAGGCGUGCAGAAGGAGGAGCCUCCAGAGGACUGGCAGCGGGAGGUGGAGGAAGGUGAAAUUGAGGAAGAGGAGGGUUCACCAUGUGAGCAGGUGGAUGGUGAGAGUGACAUGAAGGAAAGAGAGAGGAGCACACGAGCAGAGAAGAAGAAGAAGAAGAGUCUGGCUCUGCCUUUUCUGACGGGAAUCUCUCCUGCCGGGUUCCUGGCGGCCAGAAAGAAAUCAGCAGGAGAGACGGACCCUGUGGUGGAGGUGAACGGGAAACUCUAUCCUCUGGCAAAGAUCCAGCUGGGGAAGAUGGGAGCGCUGCAUCCAGCCAACCGUCUGGCAGCCUACCUGACCGGCCGGGUCGGCUCCAACAGGAAGCAGACUCAGGGUCCAGGCCCCACCCCCACGACCCCAAUGACCCCCAUGACCCCCACGGUCUGUGUGACUUCCUCUAACCUCCCCAACACUGUGACCGUACCACGACCCCAGCCCAUAGUCACACGACCCCUCCUUCACACUUCCUCCACAGUCUCUCAGGUGAGCAGCUCUGUGGUUCCACCUGUGACUCUGGUCCCAGGUCUGAAGUUUGUCCCUGGUCCUCGUAUGAAGGUCUCUGUGCUCGGUGCAGCGUCGCCCUCCUCUGGUCAGAGGAUGUUACUGCAGCCACUUUACCGCCUCUCUAAUGGAAAACUGGUCCAACUGGUUCCAAUUAACAAGCCGAGAGCAGUGAGCCCCGCCCACUUUGUGUCGAGAGGUUCACAAAGUGCUACUAUAGCCACGCCCCCUCCCCCCCCCUCACUGUCUGGCCUCCAGUCCUUCUCAGUGUCUAAUUGCUCCUCCCCCCUCAGCCCUGGCUCUGGCUUCCUGUCUCAGAAGGGCACACGCACCUUUAAAAUCAUUCCUGCCUCCUCCAACAAGGAACCCAUCAUCAUCACCUGUCAGAAACCUCCCUCCCUCCCCCUCAAGGUGGCGCUGUCUCCUGCCACCGUCACCCGUCUCAAAACUCAGAGCCCCGCCCCCUCAGCUGACCUCAUCUCUCCAAUACCCUCUGCAGGUGAGGAGGCGGAGCCUGGUUCAUCUCUGAGCUCCACCCCUUUAGAGACAAACCACACAGCUCCACCCCCUCCUGUUGCUCCAGGGUCAGAGGUCCCACUUGCAGCCCCACCCCCUCCUGCUGCUCCAGGGUCAAAGGUCACACUUGCAGCCCCACCCCUCCUGCUGCUCCAGGGUCAGAGGGUCAAGGGUCACACUUGCAGCCCCACCCCUCCUGUUGCUCCAGGGUCAGAGGUCACACUUGCAGCCCCACCCCUCCUGCUGCUCCAGGGUCAAGGGGUCACACUUGCAGCCCCACCCCCUCCUGCUGCUCCAGGGUCACAGGUCGCCCUCAGCUCUAUGGACCUGGACAUCAUCUGCGUGGAUGACGACCCGGAGCCGGUUGCCAUGGAUACGUGGUGGGCAAAGACUGUGGGCGUGUCGGGCUCGUCCAGCGGAGACACGGACAACUCUUCAGACUUUGAAGACGAUUCAGACAGUGGAGACAACAAAGAGACGACGAAGAACUACCGACACAAUCUGUUGGAGCGACAGCGUCGCGGGAAGAUGGUGGAGCUGUUCACGCGUCUGAGGAAGGAGGUGGGACUGAGAGACGACAAGACGCCGAAGGUCGCCACGCUCAAGAAGGCCGUGCAGAUGAUCCAGGAGUUGCGGUCGACUGAAACAAAUCUGAUGAUGAAGAAGAUGAGGCUGAAGGACAAGAGGGACAAGUUCCUGUCCACACUAGUCCCAGCAGGUGUAAGCGUCCAUCUGUCGUCCAAACAGAAGACCAAGAAGAGACGCCCGGCGGCCAAUCUGCCACCAGCAGGGGGCGGGGCCUCUGAUUCUGACGAUGACCUCAUAAUUAUGUCAUCCAACCUGCCACCAAAGACUCCACAAACUCCUCCCACCAAUGUGUCUGCUCCUCCCACUACCACACCUGUCCCCACACCGGUCCCUGUCCAGCAGGCGUCCUCUGUGGCUCCGUCCCCUGUGUACCGCUGUCCACCUGUCGUCAGAGAUCGACCGAGGACGGUCCCCAACAUCCUGUCCCGCAGGAAACGCCCACACACUGUGGAGGUUGAAGCUCCGCCCAUUAAGGCCCUGGUCCCACCGGACUUCCUGUCCCUGGUUGGUGCAGCGUUUCCUGGACAACAGGUCGUGAGUGUGAGUCCAGUCAUGUCGGAACCUUCAGUUCUGCAGACGGCGCCACCACCAGGUGUGGCUUCAGUCACCCUCAACCUCCCCAGUCUGACCAAUCAACAGAUCCACGUCACCUCACUGCUCCCGCCCCCAACUGGUAAGAGCUACAGCAGCUCCGCCCACCUCACCUUCACUCAUCUGACAGCGUCGCAGCUUCUUCACAUGGUUCAGAAUUCACAGCAAGACUCAGCAGAUUGCCCCCUGCUGGCGUCUGCUGGUCCAGACCAAGACCAGAACCAGGUCAGAGACCCGGACCAGACUGCCACCAGAGCUGAGUCCCCCUCCUCGUUGUCUGUGGAUCCAGGUCCUGGUCCUGGUCCUGAUGGUGGUCUCUCAGAUCCAGACCCUGAGAGCUUGACGUCUCUCCUCAAUGAGAUCGUUUUCCUGAACCAACAGACAGUCGCCGUGGCAACAACAGCUCAAGACUGUUCAGAGGGAGGAGUCCGGAAGCUGGACCACACCCACAGUCCGGAGCUGGACUGUGAUGGCACAGUUACCGCAGAGACAAAGGAGGCGGAGCUUCAGGGACACACGGACAUGACACAGAGCAGACCAUCCACUAAAGGUGGUGUCCUGGCUCCGCCCCCUCUGCUGCAAAUGAAGGUGGGCGGGGCCAAUGUGAUAGAGCCAGUCAGCAGUGACAAAGCAGCAGUGGGAGGAGAAGGGGGGCGGGGAAAGGGGGAUUCGACCUGGAGGCCAAUGCCACGGCUCGUUCCCCUGGGACUGAGAGGAGCCCCGCCCACCUGAGUGAUGUCACAGUAGGCCACACUGUCACUGAUCAGAGAGUGGGUGGAACCCGGAGGUGUCACACCUGAACUUAUCUGAAGAUGUCACUAAGGGUCAGAGUGACCCCUCCUCCACAUGACCUCUGACCCCAGAGUAACUCAAGUGACUUUUCAAGUCAAAUCAAGUAAAAGCUCA